UCAGCAGCGCAUUUUCCUCCGAUUACGGUCCCUCGAAUCCCACCUCUACCUUAUACUCAGAACAGUCACAUCAAGUCCCAUCAAGUCACAUCGAAUUUAUUACAACACUCGCCAACAGAACGUCAAAAUAUCUUUAUUUCCACGAACGCGAACACAAAACCAAGUCACCUCAUUGUCCAGCUGUCGUGUUCUUGCACUGAAGCAACGGCCGGGCCAACCAGCACCAUGCCGCCCUCGUUCGUCACCAUCGACACGACCGUGGACUUGGACAUGGCGCCCUCCGCGGAGGCUACGCAGUCCAGGUCCAUCGGGAACACGAAGACGAAGCGCACUCUCCUACUAGCCCCUCCCUCCAUCUCCGCCCAAGAAGAGAAGCUCCGCGACCUUUUCAACGUCUUCGACCGCUCCGUCACCGAUCUCCAGAUGCUCGACCGUCUCGCCGCCGGCUACGUUCCCCUACCAGCAGACGCCUAUGAUUCAGUCCUCAUCCUGACCGACAGUGACGGCACUCGCCGCUCCGAAGCCCUGAACCUACUCACACGUACCGUAUUCGCCACCCUCGUGCCGGCCAUGAAGGUCGGAGCCACAUUCAAGGCGCAGGAUGGUGCCCUCAGUGCGGCCGAGGCACGCGAGGCGUUGCUCUCUGGUCUGGUGGAGAAGGAUGGCGGCUUUGAGAAGGCCAACGAUGAAGAGGAGGCAGUCGCCGUACCGUUGCGGUUUGGAAACAAGAAGAACACGGAGGGGGGAAACAGCGUGGUCAAGCCAAUCUCCGUGGGCGCACCCGUCACGCUUGACCUCGACGACGAUGACGACGACGAUGAAUUGAUCGACGAGAACGCCCUGCUAGCAGAUGAAGAUAUUUCCAACCUUGACAUUCCAAAACAAUGCCGCCCCAAACCCGGCCGGAGACCACGCGCCUGCAAAGACUGCACGUGUGGUCUUGCUGCCCGUCUCCAAGAGGAAGAUGCCGCGAAGCGUGCCGAAGCCGACAAGCAGCUCAACGUGCUGAAGCUCGAGUCCGACGACCUCAACGAAGUCGACUUCACCAUCCAGGGCAAGGCGGGGUCGUGCAAUAGCUGCUCUCUGGGCGAUGCCUUCCGUUGCGAUGGUUGUCCGUACCGUGGCCUCCCUGCUUUCAAGCCGGGUGAGGAAGUGCGUCUCCUGAAUGAUGUUGCUCAGGUUUGAGGAGGCACAGAACGGUCCACGUCCGAGAGAAGGAGAAAAAACAUACAGUCGCCCUAGUUUGAUGGUUUGACUAGGAACCGGGAAGUCCCUCUCCAUGGAGGGAGGGAUAAGAUAAUUCCACUUGCCGCGACUGGUUCGAACGGGCGAAUCCAUAGAGGGGAAGCAUGCUAGCAAACACAGCAUGGCCUUCGUCACCCAAGACAUCGUGUCCAUUCAUGGAUAUGGCGCCAACGAUUCGCC